CAAUACUAGGAAACUUCUGAACAAACAAACGUAACUAACUCGCUAAUUACUGAACUAUAAAUCUCUAAUGACCUAAUACAACAACAACUAUAUAAUACGAAAAAAACAACCAGAAUCGUCAUUGUUAUUCGAAUUUUCGAACAAAAUUCAAUGAAGAUGGACGCAAGGAUUUUGAUCCUUAGUGCACUAUACAUCGUAACUGAAGUUACUUCAAACGACGUAAGAUUAGGACUCGUUGCUCCAAGCUCAAGGAAAAUUUAUGGCGAAAUAAAAGAAGCAGACCCAGCGCUCUGGAAAAGGACAGAUGACGUCAUAAUUAAUACGCCACACAACGAGAUCAUUAGUGCCGUCUUUGUCACUGAUCUGCGAGAUGACAAAGAUGGAGAAGCAUUCAUCGAAAGUGGCGGAGUUGGGGAGAAAAGUGUGACCAUUGGCCUGAAAAGUCCUAGUAUUUUAAGGGGUUACAAAUUUGAAAUUGAGGUGUAUGGUAAUGAUCCCAGUGCACAGUUUUAUAGUAAGGGUGGUUUUGCGCCUUACAGUGGGGGCGCAAUGUACCCAAGAAAAUAUUAAUUUGUAAUUUUAUUGUUGUCAAAAUGUGUACAUAAUUAAUAAAACAAACCAAACAAAGUUAGAAAUUUUAAGAAAGAGUUUUAAGGGUUUAAAGAGUCGAGUUUUUAAAAUGUAUUUUAUUUGUAAAUAAUUAAAUUAACAAAGAUUUUCAAGGAGUUAUUUUUGUUUCUCAGCGUUGGCCUUAAGCAGACUUUUCUUCUCUAAAUACAGACCAGACAGAUUUCAAAAUAAACUGUAUCUUUAGAUCGCUACUGCUAAUAAUUUCGUUUGCAGUACUGUUUUAUUAAGUAAUUAGAGUGCUGUUCGCGUGUUACAUUUCUUUAUUAUAAUAAAAAUAUGUAUACAAUAAAAUGCAUUCAAUUAUGCUUGUAUUACUUGUAUGUUUAUAGAACUAAUUAAAAUGUGAAUCAGAAGUAAUAGUAAAAUUUAUUCUUAAGUAAAAAAACACAUGUCGUCGCCUUAUUCGGUGUAAGGCAUACUGAUUGCCUCUUAAUGUUUUCCUUAACCGUACGAAUGAGUGUGGAGCUGGGAUUCGAAUCUACGACUUCAGGGAUGAGCCGAACGCUGAAACCUCUAGACUAUGCCAAACGCAAACAAAUCAGAAGUAUCAAGUAGACUAUUUUUAAUAAUUUACUAAAUGUAUUUUUACCUCAUGAAAAUCGCAAGCAAUUACAAAAAAAUUGUGCUAAUAAUUAAACUCUUGCAAAAAACUGGGCACCUAAAGAAAUUUAUGUUCGAAGGUCAAAAUUAGUUAACUAAAUUAUAUUUAAUUGUCCGACGUAGUCUGUGUUCAAGCUAAGAUUUUGGCAAGAGGAGGUCACACUCGUUAUUAGGUUUUUACAUUUGUCACUUUAUUUGAUAUAAAAAUUAUCGGUACACCGGUUUUAAAGUAUGUAUUCAUUAAAAAAAUAUUCAGAAUUCUC